AUGGACGACAAGCCUCCCACGCAGGAGGAGACCGACGACAAGCCUCCCAAGAAGUCACACCGCCUGUUCAAGAACGUCCAGCCUAAGGAGCCCUUCACUGUCGCCAAUCAGCUGCAGCGCACUCUGCUGAACUCGUGGAUCAACGUCCUGCUGGUGGCCGCUCCUGUUGGCAUCGCCCUGGGCGUCAUACCCAACAUGAACCAGUACGCCAUCUUCGUGGUCAACUUCGUUGCUAUCAUCCCCCUGGCGGCCAUGUUGAGCUUUGCGACCGAGGAGAUUGCGCUGCGGACCGGCGAGACCCUGGGAGGGCUCCUCAACGCCUCGUUUGGAAACGCCGUCGAGCUGAUCGUAGCUAUCAUCGCCCUGAUCAAGAAGGAGAUUGUCAUCGUGCAGACGUCCCUGAUUGGCAGCAUCCUGUCCAACCUGCUGCUCGUCAUGGGCAUGUGCUUCUUCUUCGGCGGCCUGCGGAGGCAGGAGCAGUUCUUUAACACCACCGUCGCACAGACUGCAGCAUCGCUGCUGGCCCUCGCCAUCGCGGGAAUAAUCAUUCCGACGGUCUUCGACCAGCAGACGACCCUGAAUGACUCCUACAUCGCCCAGCUCUCUCGCGGGACCGCCAUCAUCCUGCUUGUCGUCUACGCCGCCUACCUGUACUUCCAACUCAAGACCCACCACGAGGUUUUCUCCCAGGAGAGCCAGAAGGUGCCUAUGCGGCCCAGGAAAAACUCCCUCGGUGCUCACGCCGUCAAGCACGGCAUGGUCGGCCCCGUCGCCAUGAUGAGCCUCCCCGGCCGCAACGAUGAGGGCGGCAGCAACAGCGAGAAGCUGCGCAAGGUGGUGAACGAGGACCCAUCCGAGGACGAGGAGGAGGGCGACGAUCCGCAGCUCUCCUUCCCGGUUGCUAUGGGCACCCUGGCUGGCUCCACGGUUCUGAUCGCUUUUUGUGCCGAGUUCCUCGUCGACAGCAUCAACUACGUGACUACUUCUGGCGGCAUCAGCCAGGAGUUCCUUGGCCUGAUCUUGCUGCCCAUCGUUGGCAACGCCGCCGAGCACGCUACCGCUGUCACCGUCGCCAUCAAGGACAAGAUGGACCUCGCCAUCGGAGUGGCCGUCGGCUCCAGCAUGCAGGUCGCCCUGUUUAUCAUUCCGCUUCUCGUCGUCAUUGGCUGGGGCAUGGGCAUGGACGACAUGAACCUCAGCUUCGAUAUCUUCCAAGUAGCCAUCCUCUUCGUCUCCGUGCUGCUGGUGAACUAUCUCAUCGGGGAUGGCAAGAGCCACUGGCUCGAGGGGAUGUUGCUGAUGUGCCUUUACCUGAUAAUAGCGACAUGUUCAUGGU